AUGAACAACAGUUUUUUUAUUCGAAUAAUCGACCUCGAUAACGACGCCGGGGUUGUAUGGGAACAGGAGCUGUACAAUGGAUUUGAGUAUAUCAAGGAUACGUCGUUUUUCCACUCGUUUGAAACAGACGAUUGUUGCGCUGGCUUAGAAUUUGUCAAUGACGGAGAAGCAGAAACAUUCUACAAAAAAGUUGUGCAUCGAGAUUCAUUUAAAUUGAAAGACGAGGCCGCAACACGAACGAGUCAUGGCGGUAUGUUUUCCAAAGGGACGCGAAAGAGUAAAAUCGAUAAGAAUCAAAUUGGCAUGCCGGGCGAAUUCAGACAUGUGGGACAUAUUGGUUAUACACCGGGCAAAGGAUUCAGCAUACAGAAUAACGAUCCAGAAUGGAACGGUAUCUUUGAUCAAUUGAAAGCGCUUGGUAUAUCCGCCGAUGAAAUCAAUCAAAAUCAAGACUUUAUUCAAGACUUUUUGCAACAACACGGUGCGACUCAAUCGCAACCUAGAAGUGGUGGUGGUGGUCCACCUCCACCUCCUGCUCCACCUUCUCAGUCACCUUUAUCUACUCAGCAGCAACCACGUAUGGCACCACCUUCACUUCCGUCCAUGAGAAAGACACCUCCUCCACCACCACCACCACCCAGUGGUCGUCGACAACCUCCACCGCCACCACCACCAAGAAAACCAAUGGGAACACCAACAUCGCCACCUAUUCCACAACCUUCUUUACCUGGACGCCGACCCAUGGGCAACAACAAUUCACCUGCCCCACCCGCGCCUCCGUUACCUAAUCGAGGCGGUCGUCAAAUGGCACCACCUCCUCCACCCGCACCAGGAUUCCCCACGGGAGCACCACCACCACCGCCACCGCCUCCACCACCGUCUUCCUCAGGAACAUCAGCUCCACCAGCUCCCCCACCACCUCCACCAGGCGGUCCUGCACCCCCGCCAAUGGGAACGCCACCUGUAUCUGAUAGUCGAGCCAAUUUCUUGGCAUCCAUCCGCGCUACGGGAGGAUUCGCGAAUUUGAAAAAGAGUGGCGCCUUGCGUGAUGCUCAGAGCGAAACACCUUCACCGAGCAAAUCUUAUGCCAGUCCAAGCAGUGGCGCCAUGGCUGGUGCCGCGGCUGCAGGUGCUGCCGCAUCGGCUGGAGGCGCUUCUUCCGGAGAGGAUUUGGCGUCUAGUCUCGCUGCUGUACUGAAACAGCGCAAAACGGCCAUGCAAAGUGACGAUGAAGACGAUAAUGAUGAUGAUUGGGAGUAA